AUGUCUCUCCUAUCGCCACCUUUUUAUGCUGUCGCUUCUUUGGCCAAUUUUCAUUGCAAUCUUGACGGUGAGACGGAGGUUUAUGCUCAACCCCCAAAGCAGCUUCUUGAGAUUGACAUUGAGCUUCAAAUAGAUCAAUGA